AAAAUAGAAGGAGUGGAUCCAUGAAUGCGGAACACUAUAAGUUAUGUUGUUGUUUUACGUCAGGAACAAAUGUUGUACAACCAUAACUUUGUUCAGCUGUCAGAAAGCACGUGUAAUCUAAAUAAAUUUGUAUAAUGUCUUCGCAUGGUAAAACGUUUUGCGACCCAUGUCGAUUUGAAAAAAAGGGAUCAACAGCGAAAUUCUAUUGUCAGACCUGCAUGGAAUACUAUUGCCGGAAAUGUAAAAAACAACAUCUAAAAUUUCGUCUUACAAUGGGUCAUCAUCUGAUAAAUCUGAAAGAAAACUGGAAAAAUAAUGAUGAAAAAAUUAAGGAUGGUUUUGAUCCUGUUAAUUCACAAAUACGUUACAUAACAGAACAGAAAUAUACGUUGAUUGAUCAAGGUGUCCGUACAUACAAAGCGGAUGUUUUAGAGACGGAGGCUUCGAAACGAUGUAAUAUAUCUGGAAGGUGUACUUUAUGUGUUAAUAAAGACGCUUUUACAUUGACAGACAUUGAUAGCCAUGUCCCUGUGUUCUGGUCAUUUAUAUCUAUUAGGAGAUUUGGUAGCAUGGAUGAUAACACCUUCUUUUUUGAAUGUGGUAGACGAUGUCAGAGCGGAGAAGGAAGAUUUGUAAUGUUGAUUCAUGACGCUGUGAAUUUACACAAAACUAUAACGCAUUUAACAAGAGUUAUGGAAAAAGGAACUACCAGGAGCAGUGUUGCAAAUAAAGAUUAGGUGAUUAAAAGCACAGCCUAAGUUAUCGGGUAUUACAUGAUGAAAGAUUGCUUUAGGUAAUGACAGAAACAGUAACAGCUAAUGACGGGCACUUUUUGAAUACGUUCUGCCAUUUACGACGAGGAUCAUUUAUUCAAAUAUAGUAUUGUUGUUAAAAGAGGAUUGAAUAAAGUAACGAAAAGGCAGAAACCUGCUGCAAGUCAGGUUAUGUGUAUUAUUGGAUGCUUUAGAAUUAAAAUAUG